AUGUCAAUAUCAAAGUUGUUGGAUGAUAAGGUAGAAGUUGAAGAAAAAAAAGGAGAAUCAUCGCACAGAAUAGGUCUCAAAGAAUCACCAAGAAAAAAAAUAGAGGAUGAAAAAGCAGAAUUAAAAAAAAUAAUUUCUAAUGCUAAAAGUAAAUUAGGAGAAGAUUUAGAAUUUCUUUUAGAAAUGUAUUUAGAAACUCAAGAAGAUAUUGAAAAAAUAGGAAGCGAUUCCUUCAUAGAAAAACACCUUCAAAAAUUAGAAAACUCUCUCACUAGAAAAAUAAGUAAGGAGGAAUUACAAGAAAUUUAUCAAAAGCAGAAAGAAGUGAACCAAAAAGAAAAUACGAGCGCACGCUCGCAGCAGGCUAAAAAAGAAGAACAAAUAAGCGAAGAUUUAAGGGAUCAUAUAGAGACUAUGCUUAGUAUGCUAGAAGAUAAUAUUGUUGACGAAGAGAAAGGCGGGACCUCUCUUCAUUUACCGGGGGCAAAAAAAAGAGUAGAAAAAACUAAAAAUAACUUGACAAAAAAAAUAGGUAUUGAAAAAUUAAACGAAAUUUGUCAAAUAAAAGAAGAAGUUGUCAAACUAGAAAUUGAUAAAAAAAAAAUAGAAAAAGAAAUUAAUCAAGAGGAUAAAAUAUUUAAAAUGAUUAAAGAUUCUAGUUUGGGACUCGAUUCUGAACAAGAAGACAAGGAAGCUCUCCAGGAGGAAUCAGCUUCAAAAAAGAGAAAAAAAGGCUACACUUUUGAUAACCAUUCGCGAGCAAAAUUAAUAAGAGCCGAGAGUCAGAAGCAAAAAGACAAAGUCACGAAAGUUGGACAAAAGGAAAUUAGUCAUUUUAGUCAGCGAAAAUUCGAGUUAGGAAGGAAGAUGACUCAAAGUAGAAAAAUGAGAAUAGACCUCCCAACCUCCCGCCCAAUAAGGACUGAUAAUAUGACACAAUCUGCAGAGAGACCUAAUUUAGAACAUAUAAUAGGAAAAGGCGGAUAUGGAAAGGUAUACUAUGGUAAAUGGAAACUACAAGAUGUGGCCGUUAAGGAACUAUACAUGUCGUCCAAGAACAUCUUGCAAGAUGAUAUUAAAGAAAUCCUAAAUGAAAUUAACAUUCUUAAAGAUCUGAGAAAUCGGUACAUUAUUCAAUAUUAUGGCACUUAUUUUGAUGACCAAGAACUUCUGAUUAUUAUGGAUUAUGCCGAAAAUGGUAGUUUAACCAAACAUAUUAAUGACAAUAAGGACAAAGAGCAUGAUUGA